AUGAAGGUCUUUUUCAUUCUUGUGGCAACUUGUCUACUAGGGUUCUGCCAUUGCAAGAGGUCCAGAGCUAUCACUGAUAGACCAGUUACGGAUGAAUUAGACGACUUUGCAGAGGAUGAAGUUGUCAACGAGUGUCACAUAGGAGAGAAAAGGAGAAGUGGACUGAGAGGCAGAGGGCAAAGUUGGGAUAUGGACAGUACUGCUGUCUAUGAAGAAGAGUAUACUCGAUCCUUUAGUCGUAGACGUAAUGAUGAAAGUAUAGCAUAUAUAGCUGCGGAGGAUUCAAGGAGACUACCUUACUCUAGACAUACUAUCACUUUAGACAUUUUUAGUCUAACUUCAUCUCUGUGCCAAUGCUUUGGGUAUUCCUUUGCCGGUAAUGCAAUGAGGUUAGUGGUUCCAAAGAAUGGUAUUACUGUUACACAGAUCAUGAAGGGUGAAGAAAAUGUUUGGACUCCUUCAUCCGGCGAGAUAUUUGACCAUGCUAAAGUCUACCUAAACAAGGAUGAUGAACCAGAACUUGUUCUUGUAGUGGCAAAGACAUCCACUAAAGUAAAGGAGCAUUAUCUGGAGCUUAAGGAUGGUGAGGAAUGGCAGGAUUGCACUGGGAACCAUGAAGAAAUGAUUGAGGAUUUAAGGAAUCCUGUCCAAUGUAUUUCCGACUUUGACAUCGAUCUUUUUGCUUAUGAGGAUACUGAUGAAUGCAGAAUCUUUGAGGUAGAUCUUUUGGGAGUUACUACAAAACACUUUUAUCCAAGACCUGGCCAUUUUGCCACGAGAGUUAUGGAUGGUAAUAGGGAGUUGUGGAAAUCCCCAAAAUAUUCUCAUCAAUCGGGAAGUAAAGUGUUACGGAGUAGCAAAUAUGAUGAUCGUUGCCUUUCUUGUCUUAUAUAUAAGAAAGGGAUUGUGGAACUACUUGAGGUGACAGUUGUAGAAUAUGGUUCUACACAGUAUAAGUACUUUGAAAAUACUUUUGGAUCAUGGAAUGAAAUUGAUAAGAAAGUGUUCGACAAAAAAGCGGACGAGACACAAUAUGAAGAAUAUGAAGAACCUAUAAGUUAUUUCGCUUCCAAGGUAGAUACCUCACUAUUCUAUAUUGAAGAAGCAGAGGAAGAUACUGUUAAGUUUCUUAAACUUACUGUAAAGUACGGUGUUAAGGCUACUGAGCUCAAGUAUGAUGAGAAGCAGAUAUGGUCUUCUACCUGGAUGGUUGGUUCCCCUUGCUCUUCUGCAUUACUGUACAUGGACAAAGGUAGACCUACACUGGCUGUUAUAAAGACAAGGAGUAGUAGUGGCACUAAAUCCACGGUAUAUAAGUACUAUGAUGGUAACAAGUGGAGGGAUACUAAAGAAGAUGACCAUAAGGAGAAGCUGGCUGAGCUAAAGGAGAAAUGUAGGCCUGGAAGAAUUCUAGACAUUUCAAAAAAGAAUAGUUCGGUAGGCACAUAUUAUUAUCAUUGUCAUCACAACACAUGUUUACACACUUUUGAUCUCUACAAUGUCAAUGUGGCCAAAGUAGUAGAUGGUGAAUAUAUCAUUUGGAGAGCCACUGCAGACACUGACCAAAAGUGCACACAUGUACAAAUUGCCGUUGUGGGAGAUAGAGAAACUUUGACGCUAACGAUACAAUCUGAUAGGGAAAGACUGAUAAAAUUCAGGAAGGAAGGUCGUAGAUGGCAAAGGGUUUAA